UGCUCGGACAACUUUAGCCGCAGAAGACACUCACAACACAAAGAAACAGACACACAGAGAGAACAAAACGCUUGCCGGAAAUUGGAUCUCCGGCGACCGGCGUUACCUGAUUCCGACGAAAGUGAUUAUCAUCGGAAAGUGGUGGGUAGGAUCGGGUGGUGUAUGAUGGGAUCUUGCAUAUGCCCGUUGGAAACUCCGGCGAGGUUGCUUUGGACCACAAGCUUCUUCCGUCAUAAGUUAAUGAUCUUCUAAUCCAAACCAAACCGAACCGAACCAAACCCAAAUCACAAAACACAACCUUUCUAAUUCUGGAAGGAAAAUCAUCAUCACCAUAACAUAGACCAAACCAAAAAAAAACUCAUACACAUAGAUUUUACACACAAGUUCUUUAAGUACUAAUUUCUCUCUCUUUCUCUUUCGCCGGAAAUUUUCGCCGGCGGUGGAGAUUGACCUGGAAUUUGGAGUGCCAUGGAGUCUGGAAGACUUUUCUUUGAUGCCUCUGCUUGUCGUGGGAACAACAUGCUCUUUCUCGGGAAUGCUGAGCUUGCUUUCCGAGCAGGAAGAUCGAUGAUGAGCAUGGAGGAAGGGUCAAAGAGGCGACCUUUCUUCACCUCACCAGAUGAACUGUUUGAUGAGGAGUAUUAUGAGGAGCAGUUGCCGGAAAAGAAGCGCCGCCUCACUUCUGAGCAGGUCCAUCUGUUGGAGAAGAGCUUUGAAGAAGAGAACAAACUGGAGCCGGAGAGGAAGACCCUGUUGGCUAAGAAACUGGGGUUGCAGCCCAGGCAGGUGGCUGUGUGGUUUCAGAACCGCAGGGCUCGAUGGAAGACCAAGCAACUUGAAAGGGAUUAUGAUGUUCUCAAGUCUUCCUAUGAUUCCCUACUUUCGUCCUAUGAUUCAAUUGUGAAGGAGAAUGAGAAACUCAAAUCUGAGAUGGUAUCCUUAAAUGAGAAGCUUCAAGUUCAAGCUAAAGAGGUGCCUGAGGAACCAUUACAUGACAAGAAAAUUGAUCCACUUCUGGUAGAUGAUAUAGCUCCAAUUUUCAGCACAAAGGUGGAGGACCACCUGAGUAGUGGGAGUGUUGGAAGUGCAGUGGUGGAUGAGGGUAGUCCCCAGCUAGUUGUUGACAGUGUUGAUUCAUACUUUCCAGCUGACAACUAUGGUGGAUGUGUGGCCCCAGUUGAGAGGGUUCAAUCAGAGGAGGAGGAUGGAAGUGAUGACGGGAGGAGUUACUUGGAUGUGUUUGUGGCAUCGGAAACUGAGCACCAAAGCCAUGAGGAAGGAGAGGCAUUGGGUUGGUGGAGUAAUAUGUAUUAUGUUGGAUAGAUAAUGCAGCAGUGCUUUUUUUAAUUAGAUGUUUAAUUAAGAAAAAGUGAUAAUAUUGUAUAAUUUCAUGUGGGCUAGAAAGAAAAAGUAAACUUCCUGCUUGGGUGGCCCGGACCACUAGGAGAGUGUCCUGAAGCCAAGUUUAAUAAAUAAAGUCCAGUAAUUUGGUCAAUGGCGUCCUCUGUUGUACUUCCAAGUUUAGCGCAAGCUUAUUUCUUGUUCAACUAUAAAAACUUUGUUAAUUAGUAUUUAGUAAGUAUAUAUUGAGUUGCCUUUUUUCC